AUGAGGUAUACACCAAUUUUUUCUCUUAGAAAGGAUCUUAGGAUACCCAUGCCUAACAAGCCCAGGGAAUUCAGACCUUUAACUAUUGGGUGCGACAAUAUUGUUCAGCAAGCUAUGAAAAUAGUCAUGGAACAUAUAUACGAACCUAAAUUCCUCGAAAUGGCUGGUCCGCACACGAUACCCGAACAAGCUCCUCGCGCACUCCAUGCCGUCGGGCCUUUUCAUCAUCAAUGUUCUCACAGAUACAUAUAA